AGAUCAUAGACUCUUUCUGGUAACCAAGCUGAGUCAUGACAGAUUCUCAGCAUUUGACAGACAGCGCACAGACUCGUGUCAAAGAAUUGUGCCCGACCGAUGGAAUUAGAAAGAAAGGCAUCUUAAUUGAAGAUGGAAAUCCUGCUCGAUAUCGUCUGGAAACAACAAUAGAUCAUAUUGAUGAAUCUGAGUCACACAGAAAAAUCAUCUUUGGUGAAAGAGACACAAAGAAACCUCAUAAAACAUUUCUGAUUGUGGGAGAAACAGGCACUGGAAAAACAACCCUCAUCAACACUAUGAUCAACUACACGUGUGGUGUUCAGAGAGAAGACAAGAUCUGGAUUGAGAUCACAGAUGAUCAGAGUGACAGAACAUCAGCUCACAGUCAGACCUCCAUCAUCACUGUCUAUGGUGUUUAUAUACCAGAGAGUUCAGUCGACCUAACAAUCAUUGACACACCAGGAUAUGGAGACACUCGUGGUACUGGUCAUGAUAAAGAGAUCGGCAGGAGUUUGCAGCAUGUAGGCACUUCUGAUGAUGUGGCUUAUGGAACCAGUGCAGUGUGUUUUGUGAUUAAAGCAGAUCAAAAUCGACUCACUGACAGACAACAAUACAUAUUUGAUGCUGUUCAGUGUUUAUUUGGUAAAGAUAUUGAAGAAAACAUUGUGUUACUCUUCACACACUCCACUGGCGCUCGCCCUAAAAAUGCUCUGACAGCCGUCAAAGAAGCUAAAAUCAAGUGUGCUGUAGAUGAGAAGAAGCAGCCCAUUUAUUUUCUGUUCAACAACUGUCAGUCAGAGGCAUUUGAUGAAGAAGAUCAAACAAUGCAGGAUCAUUUAUGGGAUCUCAGUUAUAAAGGAAUGACAGGGCUUUUCAAGUUUCUUGACACAGUACGACCAAAAAAUUUACAAAUGACUAAAGAUGUUCUGCAAAAACGGAAGCAGUUGGAGGCAAACAUCUCCAAUCUCCAAUCGCGUGUUCAAGAGAUAGAGAUAAAACAUACUGAACUGAAACAAACUGAAGAAGCUCUGGAGAAACAGAACCAAUAUUUCCAAGACAACAAGAACUUUGAGUUCACAGUUGAAGUGCCCUACAAAGAAAUGGUUGAUAUCGAUCCUGCUGUAGCUGGAAAGGCAAUGUGCUGUACCGUUUGUGAGGAGAACUGUCACUAUCCAGAUUAUUUAGUCAUUGACAAAACCUUCUCCAAGUCAGAACUCCUGGUUGUGCCGAGCCAUCCAUCAAUUGAACACCACCUUACCUUGGAGCUCAGAUCCUCAACUAUAACACCCAUCAAGUAUGCGAGGAACCUGGGGGUGAUGUUCGAUGACCAGCUGCAAUUCAACUCUUACAUUGCGGCAACCACUGGAACCUACAGGUAUGUGCUCUACAACAUCAGGAAAAUCAGACCUUUCCUGGCGGAGCAUGCCUCUCAGCUGCUAGUCCAAACUCUGGUCAUAUCAAGACUGGACUACUGCAAUUCUCUACUGCCCGGCCUUCCAAUCAAUGCAGUCAAGCCCUUGCAAAUGAUCCAGCAUGCAGUUGCAGGUCUUGUUUUCAAUCAGCCUUAA